AUGAACGGAACCAGCUCACGAAUAGCGAGUGUAAACCAGCCACCUAUACUCGGUCAAUCUCCCCUCGAUAACGUCCAAAGCGACCAAGAACUGAUCGAAUGCCAAAACAUGGCGCUAGAGGUAUCUUGGCUCAGGCGACUUGGAAAGGAGGUUUCUUCAAUGAUCGACUUGACCCAAGACCAUGGGCCUUACGAAGCCAUUGGCCAACUCUCAAUAUGUGAAAUGAAUGAUGUGCUAUUGGACAUCGCAAGCAGAAAAGAAUACAUUUGUAUUCAGGCGUCGAAACUACUUCGCUCCCAAAGCCGGGGCGUCCAAGAAGCUGCCCAUUCGGUGGCAUUUGAGCUUAUGACCAGUCAAACACUUGACUCAACUGAAAAUUCGUUCUUUGAAUCCACUAUACAAGAACUGAAAAGUUUUGUGGAAAGCUGCAAAGUGAGUGGUAAGAUCGACCUUGAGCUUUUAGUCCGGGAAUACCUCCUAUGUAACUGGGACAACGGCGACAGAGGUGAUGUCAAUCUUCAUCAGGAAGUGGACGGUUACGAAAGGGCCUUUCAAAGGUACAUAGAACGACUGAAUCAGAUCGAUGAUCGGACAUUUUUCCAUCAGCCAUCCAAGGAUGUCACCUCGCCGUUCAUGGGAAACCCGAUACUAUUGAGAAUCAGAAUGCAGCACACGGCGCACCCGGAAAGGAAAGAUCAUUUCGGACGAAACCUUCUGCAAGUGGCGCUGGACACAGAAACUGAUUGCGCGUCGAUAAUCGAUAACCCACAUAGAAGUGAAGAAGAUCUCGUCAGGCUUAUCGGACAUUGUGAUGAAGGUGGCCGCACAUCCCUCCACAUCGCCGCAAGCCGAGGCAUUAACUGCUUCUUUCGGAAGCUUCAGGACCUACCUCGUUCGGUAUUCGACCCAAUUCUGAACCGUACGGAUAACAAGCAUUCAACGGUUCUCAUGUAUGCGGCAUUUAAAGGGCAUUACCAGAUUGUCAGCAUACUUCUAAAUCGAUUUCACGCCGACUCAAGUACUAAGGAUUCAUGUGGUCGCAACGCUUUACACUAUGCUGUGAAAAGUGGACAUGAAACAGUCAUCCGAGAGCUUGUUCGUCAUAAUCCUGAUCUCCUCAAUGCCGGUGACCACAACGGAUAUACUUCGUUCCAUAUUGGCAUACUGACGGGACGUAUCGAAAUUAUUCGGGUGUUGCUGAGUUUUUCACAGCUGGAUGUGAAUAAGACAGAGAGUACCCUGCACUCACCACUUGCGAUCGCAUCCGAGCACGGCCAUGACGCGAUCAUGGGUUGUAUACUCGGGGACGCAAGGUUCAGCCGAGAGAGCAUCAAUUCCAGAGAUGCAAUUGGGGCCACAGGACUUUGGUACGCUGCCAAGUAUGGUCAUUUGGAAGCAGUGAAGCUUCUAAUCUUCUAUGGUGCAGAUGCUGGUAUUGCAAAUUCAAACGGCGUCACGCCUUGCGAUGCUGCACGAGAGCGGGGAUAUACUGAAAUGGUUGCUCAUUUAGAGAAACAUCUGCCGGUGCCAGUGGGGAGAGAUUGGGGCCAUGCUUCAGGAAGUUUUCAACCAGAAGAGGGAGCUAUGCCCAGACACUGGUUUCCGAAUGUAGUCUCCAACACCUCUGUCAUGGUCCCCUUGCCAUCACUUCUUUCUGGAAAUGAAUUCCAUUACAACUAG